UAAGUAUUAACGUUUCUAAGAUACGUACGAUAGAAAAUGCUGUACAGAUAGGUUGUUUAUCGUCCUCGGGGAAGACUUUCUUUUUCACAGCUGGUUCAGUAUAAUCCGUUUUAGUGUACCAUGACUGAACCAAGCAGGCCACGUCAUGUCAGGCAAGGAGGAUGGGAGCAGAGCACAGCAGAUGAAGUAGAAACUUGGAGGAGCCAGGACCUGCGACAAGGAUACAGCCCUGGACGGGAGGGAGGUCACCAUAGCAAGAAGAACCUAGGCGGGCCUUACCGUGCCAGCCCAAAGAAGGGUGGACUGGGGCCACUGAGCAGCUCCCUUGGGGCAUUCAGAAGUGGACACAGCCCCUCGCAAAGAGAUGGGUUUCGAAGGUUCCCAGUUCCUGAGAGCAGUGUUGCUGGUCGGGAUGAAAACUGGAGAGAGCGCAUGCAACAGCAACAAAACCUGAGGAAGACUGUCCCUGGGGGCGGCCUGAAGGAGGACUGGGAGCAGGGGAGGAAGGAUUCAAGUGACACUAUUCACAACUCAGGAGGAAAACGGAGGAACCGAGACCGGAGAAGGGCUUUUGGGGAAGAAGACAGGGGUCCAGUGAUCGACGAGUCAACACUUUCAGCCAAAGAGCUGCUUGGUCUGCAACAGGCAGAGGAGCGGCUUACCAGAGAUGAGAUCUUCCGCUUGAAGAAAAGGUCCCGCAGCAACCCCAAUGCCCUGUACACCUGCACCCUGUGUGAUGUGAUGCUGGAGUCAGUGUCUGCUGCUCAUAGACACAUCAAAGACAAAUGGCACAAGAGGAGGGCAAGGGAGAAGCGAGAGCAGGCGAUGCUGACUGAGAUCCUGCCUCCAGGGAAGGAGCAUAUUACUGCAGUCAGUAUCACACUAAAUGCUGUCGUCAGGGAACAUGGGAUGAGUGACCAAGAUGCAGAGAGGAGAUGUUCUAUUGUCUGUACCAUGCAAGACCUUCUUGUCUCCGUCCUGCCUGAAAUCAAGCUCAGGCUAUAUGGAUCGUCUUGCACUAAGUUUGGGUUCAAAGACUCAGACAUCAACAUUGACAUUCAGUAUCCUCCUCACAUGCAUCAGCCAGAUGUCUUGUUGCUGGUCCAGGAAAGCCUCUCUCUGAGCCCUCUCUUUGAUGACCUGGAGGCAGAUUUUCAUGCCAGGGUUCCUGUGGUCAUCUGCAAAGAGAAAAAGAGUGGCCUGCUCUGCAAAGUGAGUGCAGGUAAUGACAACGCUUGCCUCACCACCUCCUUUUUGUCCGUCCUAGCAAGUCAGGAGCCUCUUCUUCAUCCACUAGUCCUUGGCUUCAGACACUGGGCCCGGAUCUGUCAGGUGGACCGAUCAGAGGAAGGUGGGCUGCCGCCUUAUGUCUUUGGUCUCAUGGUCAUUUACUUCUUGCAGCAGCGCAAAGACCCCCUCCUACCUGCCUAUCUAAACCACGAGAUCAGGGGGUUUUCACUCAGCAAGCUGCCUCACUUCAGUCUCAAACACGUAGAGGAUGGAUGUGUGCACUGGGUCUACGCUCCCGGCUUUGCAGAGUCCUCACAGCCCACGCAAGACUCGGGCAUUAAGGGGAAGACUCCACUUGUUUUUAAUAGCCCUUCCUCCUCUGAGGACAUUGGGCUGCUGUGGGUUGAAAUGCUGCGUUUCUAUUCGCUGGAGUUCAACAUGGCUGACAAUGUGAUCAGCGUGCGUACCAGCGUGCUCCUCUCCCGGGAAGCGAAAGAUUGGCCAAAGAAACGCAUUGCUGUGGAGGACCCGUUUUCUGUGAAGAGGAAUGUGGCCCGCACAGUGAACAGUCAGCAAAUGUACGAGUAUAUCCUUCACUGCCUAAAAACCACGUACAAGUACUUUGCCCUGCCUCUCAACACCCUAGCUGCCAACCACAAGAUGGAAAAGCCAAAAGGACCUUUUCAAGGGCUGAGCAACAAGGCAGUGAGUGAGGACACCUCUCACCUGUCGUGUUUCCAAGCAGUCACCAAUGAAACACAAGCUGCUCGUACUUUUGAAACAGAGGAAGGUCCACAUGAUUCGGAUUGCAUUAUUGAAGAAGAAGUUGAGGAAGAGCCUGACUUGGAUGAAGACGGAGGGAACGAAAAAGUGGACUUGGGCAAAAGCAGCCUCUCUGAAGAUGAGGGAGACGAGGAGGAUGAGCUGGAGGAGGAUUGUGAAGAGAACAUGAGGCGACUGCACUUGGACAGCCUCACCACGGAAGACGAGGAGAUUUUCCCUUUAGAUGAGAUUUCAGGCGAGGAGCUUCUCUCCGAUGAGGAGGGUCCAGAUUUAGACACGCCUGGGUCCAUGGAUGAUGAAGAGGAGGAAAUGGUUCCUGCCAGCCUGUCACAACCAGAUGUAAAGGACACAACUAAAGACGAGGGCCUUGAAAAGAAGAAUCACGAGCAGACCAGCCAGUGCUAUGAGUUCACCAGGCAAGCAUUCACCCGAGGCAAGACCCACAUGGUUGUGUGCAGUUUGUGCAAACGUGAUGGCCAUCUGAAGAAAGACUGUCCAGAAGAUUUCAAGAAGGUGGAACUGGAACCCUUGCCCCCCAUGACAUCAAAGUUCCUUAAAACACUCAACCAAAUCUGUGAGCAGUGCUACCAGGACUUUGCCCCUGAGGAACUGGAAGUGAGUGUAAGAGAAAACAUCCUGCAGGAUCUGGAGAGCUUUGUCAGAUGGCAGUUUGCCGGAGCUAGCCUGCGCCUGUUCGGAUCAUCUAGGAAUGGCUUUGGCUUCAGACAGAGUGACCUGGAUAUCUGCAUGGUCAUGGAGGGGCAGGAUACUGCAGAUGAUCUAGACUGCAUCAGUAUCAUCGAGAGCCUGGCACGACUGUUGAAGAAACACCCAGGUCUAAGGAACAUCCUGCCCAUCACUACUGCCAAAGUACCCAUUGUCAAGUUCUACCAUGUCCGUACAGGCCUGGAAGGAGACAUCAGCCUCUACAACACACUGGCCCUACACAACACACACCUGCUAGCAUCGUAUGCCUUAAUCGACAAGAGAGUCAAGCUCCUUUGCUACGUCAUGAAGGUUUUUGCCAAGAUGUGUGACAUUGGGGAUGCGUCCCGUGGCAGCCUCUCUUCUUAUGCCUACACCCUCAUGGUCCUUUUCUUCCUCCAGCAAAGAAACCCGCCAGUUAUCCCUGUGCUGCAGGAGAUUUAUGAUGGAGAGAAGAAGCCAGAGAUUCUGGUGGAUGGAUGGAAUGUCUACUUCUUUGAUGAUCUGAAAGCUCUGCCGGGUCGCUGGCCACAGUACGGGAGAAACACAGAGACGGUGGGGGCGUUGUGGUUGGGCCUGCUCCGGUUCUACACUGAGGACUUUGACUUCAAGGAGCAUGUUGUCUGCAUACGCCAGCAAGCUCGUCUCACCACCUUCAACAAGCAGUGGACCUCCAAGUACAUCGUCAUCGAAGAUCCGUUUGACCUGAAUCACAAUCUGGGUGCCGGCCUUUCAAGGAGGAUGACCAACUUCAUCAUGAAGGCUUUCAUCAAUGGCCGACGGGUGUUUGGCACACCAGUCAUAGUCUAUCCUCCCGAGUACCCCAAUCACAUGGAGUAUUUCUUUGACCCUGAGGUUCUCACUGAAGGAGAGCUGGCCCCCAACGACCGCUGCUGCCGGAUCUGUGGCAAGAUAGGCCACUUCAUGAAAGACUGCCCCAUGCGUAAGAAGUCCAAACACAGGCGGGAUUCGGAGAAGAGGACAGAGCACGCACGUGAGAGGCCUGAGGCUGCAGAGGGGACUAAGGAGCAGAUGGCACCGCGAGGAGAUCGCUGGAGGAGACAGGAAGAGAAGCGCUGCUGCUUCCUGUGUGGAUCACAGACCCACAUCAAGAAGGACUGCCUGCAGUACAGAGGCCCUGCAGGAAACACCAAACUGGAGCUUGCUUUGUUUUCCUCCUCUCCCUCCUCUUCUUCAGGCCAUGUGAGGAAUUUGAGAGAAAAGGAGAAACAGGGCAUACCUCUACAAGAGGAGAAAAAGAAGAGAAAACAACAAAAUGUGAUAUUAGGUCCACAAGCAGGCAGUUUAGCCAGCCGACACAUGGGUCGUUCUGGUCACAGGAGGAGUCCGGUGGAAUGAACAGAAUCUGGUUGGGUUGAAUGGCGGGCUGCAUUGCCUGGUCCAGACAGACAACAGCCUCCAAGUCAAUAUACCCUGAUACCAAGAGUUCAGGGGGGGGGACUGCUCGGCCAGCUAAAACCCACCGAAGCCAAAGCCAGGACGCAAGCGCCUUGACUUGAAGCCAAAUAGGACCUUUUUUAUUUUUCUGUUUUUAACACUGUCACUCCCUCAAAGAGCAGUUUUUAAAGCUUUUAGGGGUUGUGGUAAGCCAUCACACAUGCUCUGUGUCCCCGCUUAUUGACCUGGUUUACUUUUUAUUUUAUUUUAUUUGUUUUAAAUAAAGUUUUAUGGGCGCUCAGCUGGUGCA